ACAUCCAUCCCCUCAACGACGGCCAAACAAGCAAGUGAAGCAACGCGGCUGCUCAAGAAGCUCUUCUUCUCCUUGUCCACUUGAGUCCGAUCCUAGCUUCCAUCUCGAUCGAGCGAGGUCGAGUCUCAAUGGCGCCCGCCAUCUCCAUCGGCAUCGCCAUGCCCGCGUCCGGCGGCGUCAAGAAGAGGAGCGUAGUUGGAGCGGCGGCCGAGGAGGCGGAGCUCCUGCGGCGGCGGAACGCCGAGCUGGAGCGGGAGGUGGCGGCGCUGCGCGCGGAGCUGGACGCGGCGCGGCGGCGCGCGGAGACGGCAGAGGAGGCCGAGGAGCGGCUCUGCGUGCAGCUGGGCGAGGCCGAGGUGGACGCCGUCGAGCUCGCGCGCGCCUACCAGGACCGCGUCGAGGAGCUCGCCAGGGAGCUCGCCGCCGCGCGCGCGCACAGCGUCCCGGCCAGAUCCUAUUAACAGCGGCAGGAUGACUCAAUUCAAGCGCAUCUUGCGAUGCACUGACUUCAUCUUGGGUUCUUUAGCAAACAGAGGCAUGUCACCCAUAUUGUACAAGUGUAGAGCUGGAUCAAAUAAAUCGUACGGUAUUACUACU